CGCGCAAAAGGACAGCUGGACAGAAACAAGCCUGGAAGGAGGGCGAUGGUUUCGCUGGCCCGUUGACCUGGCGGCUUUGAUCCCAGGUGCAAAGGGUCCGUGUGACAUCAUGGCUGGAUCCUGCACCCCCCAAGCCUUCCUGGGCACCCUGCAGCUGGUUCCAGGCCUGUCUGGCCACGGGGCAGGGCCUCUGCCGCUGGGCACAAAGAGGACCGCUGUUCGCUGGCUCUGGCAUUGCUCUGCGAGAGCCUCUCCAGCAACGCUAGCCAGGGAAAGAGAGAGAGAGAGGCAGCUUUUUAAAGCUCAGACAGCCUCCCCCCCCGUCUUUUCUCCUCCUUUCCACUCCUCAAUCCCUCCCCCUCGCAGCUAGAGAGAGCGGGCUCCUUUUUCUUUUGCAAGACGCGAAGGAUGGGAGAAGUUUGGAGAGGAGCAACCAGUGGCGCUGGACUCUGGCAGGGUUGAGGCUGGAGGGUUUGCAAGCUGGCCUGAGGCCUCCCCGCUGUCUCCUUGGGGGGUGUGGGGCACACCUGGGGUCCGUCGUGGUGCCCCCACCGCAGAAGACAAGCCCAGCAGCCCAGAUGGCUGGGAAGGAGCUUGACGCGAGACCCAGGCGCAGCAGCACGGAGUUUGCCAACAAGUGAUCCAGGAGGUUUCUUUGGGAGGGGGCGGCGGCGGCGCUGGGACUUGGUGCCCCCCUCGCUUCUCUGCCCCUCCAGCGUCGCUUCCGAGGGAACCAUGGACCCCCAAUCCCUGGAUGUUGCCGUGCAGAACACGCUCUCGGGCCUCUACCCCCCGUUUGACAUCACGGCCCCCAUUGUCCUCAGCCAGCUCUUCCGUGUCCUGGAGGCCAAAUACCACAGCGAUGGGCUGUGCUGCCUGUUGGACUUCCUCAUCCCUUCCAAGCGCCUUCUGGAGCACGUGCGGCAGGCGGCCUGCGCUCCUUACUCCGGCUGCGUCUUCCUCCACGAAGGGUGGCCCCUGUGCCUUCGCGAGAAAGUGGUUGUCCACCUCGGAGCGCUCAACCCCCUCCUUCUUCGCCCGGGGGACUUCUACCUGCAAGCGGAGCCCUGUGGGGAGCAGUCAGCCUGCCUGGUGGUCAAGUGCCUCUCCAGGGACCUCACCACGGUGGAGAAGAUCUCCGUCCCCGAAGCCUCCUGCUCCUUGCUGUUCACCAAAGAGUGGCUGGAGGAGGUCAACCGAGACCUGGACCGGCCAACACUCCACACCUGCCUGGUGGCCACUGGGAAUGGGAUUGUCCCCCUCCCGUGGAAUAAAAUAGCCACCCCGGAAUUUGUCGGGGUGCCUAAAACGGAGGGUUUGGUGGAGCAAGAGUCCUCAGCCCUCCUAGCAAAUCUCCUGCGUCUGGACUGCAGUCCUGACUCAGGGAGCUUGCAGUCCUCUCCAGUUAAGUAUCCUGGCCUCAUCAAAGUUGCAGAAGGAACCUGGAAGAAAUCCACUCCAUUUGCUUUGCCGAGUCUGUGCGACAUCAUCGGUGACAACCUGGAAGGCGAAUACGUGAAUCUCCUGGGGUUUUCCGAAGAAGGGAAGCAGGAUAAUUCUCCUCCCGUCAAGGCAACAGGAUCAGCCCUUGGGGAGCAGCUGCACAGAGAUGCAGCAUCACCCAAGGUGGAGAAGGACCUCCUUUUGGUGAACGGGGACGAUGGGGAGAUGGCCGGGGGCUGGAGCUGUGGGAAGGGGCAAAACUCAGAGGAAGGGCCCUGCACGCCUUGUCUGAGGCGGCGGCUGGGCCAAGACGCCAAGGUCCAUGAGCCGAGGUGCAGGUACCGUGAGUCGUACGUGGCGGCCCUCAAGAACCCCGUCAGCUUCAGCUCUGGGUUGAUGGCAGCUAUUUUGGAAGAGAUGGAUACAUCGAAGCAGGGCUCCUCUUCCCCCUUGGAAAGCACAGGCGUGUGGCCUCUGGAGGGAUCAGGCCAGGGGGCUCCCCAAAUCCUCUCUGAGGAGCCGAAGACGAUUGAGAAAGCGGAGGAUGACUCUUCCAAGCCAGGCCACUCGAGACUCCCGAAGCCUCCGGCCGACUGUCCCACUGCCAGCAAUAAAUUCUCAUUCCUGAAAGGCCACCGUCAGCUGGGCUCCUCGGCGGGUGGACUGCCAGGGGCGGAGAAGGCCGGGAAGGGCCAGGAGGGGCACCGGAAAAGGACGUUGGCCGUGUGCUCUCCUCGCACAGCCAGAGCAAAGGCGGCAGCUGGGAAAGGUGACGUUGUGCUUUCAGAACUUCCAGCUCCCAAGAAUGUGGAGAGUGUCGCCAUUCCUACGUCCCCCGCAGAUGUCCUGCUCAGAGAAUCGCCUCCUCCGGGAUCUGGCCCACAGGAUCUGGCCCAGUGGGAGGCGCUCAGUCCUGAGCUUUUAUCUUCUGGGAUUGUAUGUCUGCCAGGAAACGUGGAUAAGCUUGGCAGACCCAUCGUCCAGAUCUGCAGCGGUGGCCCAGCGUGGCAAGCCCCGUGGUGUUCAGCCAGAGAAGUGGCACGCCUUCUCCUCUUCCUUUGCACCAUGUCUAGGAAGCAGUCGAAGGACACGGGGCUGGCACUUGUCAUCAAUGCCAGAAAGGAGAUGCCCCCGCCCGCCCUCUCUGCUGCCCUCGGAUCCGUCCAGAAGACCCUGCCUGGCUCCAUCCAUGCUGUUUUCCUGCUGGCAGAGAAGGAGGCAGCCUCACAUUUGGAGAAGCUACCUGGCGUGCAGAUGGAGGUGCUGAGCUCCCUGAAGGCCCUGGGGCGGCACGUCGACAGCAGCCAGCUGACCCCGGCCCUGGAGGGCCACUUCCCCUACUGCCACAGCGAGUGGGUCCAAUACUUCCAGAAGAUGCACCAGUUUGUGACCGACCUCAAAAAGGCCUCCGAAUUGUUGCAGAACACCACCCAAGAACUGGAAAAGGGGGGCAGACUGAAGACCCUGCAGGAAGUGGAGCAUCAAAUGGAGAGGCACCAGCUGCUGAUGCAGAAGGUCUUGUGCAAUGUGCAGCUGGUGAGCUUGCAGAGGGAAGGUGGGGCCACGCUGGCGAAACUGAGGAAGGAGGCGGCCCGGCUCAGCUUCUCCCCCAACGUCCGGAGCAGCAUCGACCGGGCUCUGACCCUCUACAACCUGGUGGAGGAGAAAGUCCACAUGCUGGUCACCAAAUCCAAUGGCUGCCUGGAGCACCUGGAAUUUCUGCUGAAGAUUCGACAGCUGGAGGCGGAGUUUGGCAAGCUCAGUUUGUGGUUCGAUGAAGAAGGCGAGUCGGCGCUGCAUGAAGCAGGGUCUGCAGCCGAGGGCAGCCCGGAGGCGGCCCAAGAGUCCCACCAGCGGUUCAAGGAAUUCUUCAAAGAAGCCUCGGUCCACUACAACCGGGGUCUGUCUCUGUCCAAGGAGGCCAGCAAGGUCCAGGGGUCCAGGUUCCCAGAGACGGAGGCCUUUGAGGCAGCGAAAAGGGCUUUCCAGGCCAAGCUGACCAUGUUCUACAUGGAGAUGGAGAGGAAAGGUGCUGAGCUGGAGACACUCCUGGACCUCUACAAGUUCUGUGACAAGGUCACGCAGUUUAACCUGGACUGCCAGCGCCACCAGGCCACUUGGAUCUGCAGAGAGGAGGAGCCCAAGAGCAUCCAAGCCCAGCGAGAUAUGGAGGAUGCCCUCCAGAAGCUCUCCAGGGAGUUCUCCACUGAGACCUUCCAGCAGAUGAAGGUGCAGGCUUCCAGCGUGCGCAGCAAGAGGGGUCUAGCCGUGUGGAACGAAGCCUUGGAGAGGUGCCAGGAAGCCAGGCAGCUCCUCGAAGAUGCCCUUGCCAGGUCCAAGGAGGCUCGGGAAGGAGGUGCAGAAGAUUCGGAUCCCGUCCCAGCUACCAAACCCCCAGGGGAAGAUGUCUGCUUAGAUGGAGCAUCAACAGAAGCUGAGAAAACAGAGCAUGACAGAAGGACCCAAGAUAUGGGUGGAACUGGCGUCCAUGACAAGGCUUCCCAAGAGGUCCCCUCAUGUGGUGGUGGGAUGCUGAAGGGUGUGAAGGCCAGCGAAGAGGCCUACCUUGCUUCGUUGGAUGUUAUUCUGGAAUGUGGGGGCCCCGAGGCUCAGGCAGACCCAGGCGAAGAAGCCCCCGGAAGCGCCCACGUGACAAGACAGGACUGCCCUCCACCAACCCUCCCCUGUGCCUCUUCCCCCAACACCAAGAAGGUGCCAGCCCCCUACGAGAGCCUCCCUUCCACCAAGCAGCCUGGCCUCUCCAUGCCCACCAGAGGCCAACGCAGCAGGAAGAGAGAGGUGGCCCAGUACUUCCAGCUCUCCAGGCACGGGAGUUUUUCCUCCGAAGACGCAGAUUCCCAAAGCUCCACCGAAGACGCUCUGAGCUCGAGUGUCACCUUGCCCAUGGAAUCGUCCAAAGGAGCCUGGACUCAGGAGAAGGCACUGGGGAUUCUCUAUCUGGAGAAUCACAGCACAGGCAGUCUGACGGACGCAACGGCCACCCAGUGAGACCAGGGGACCAUCCUGGGUGCUGCCAGGCCGGGCCUUCUGCACCCAUUUUUUUUGAUGCUGGAUACAUUCCUGGGUGCUCCACUGCCCCAUGUCUCAAAGGGAAAGCCUUUAUCGUUGCCGUUUGUUGCUGGACAUUGCUAAGAGUUCUUCCUGUUGCUGGUAUGUAGCUCUGUUUGGGCAGGAGGCUACCCACCCCCAAAGCCAGCCAUCAUUUCCUAUUGUGGUUUGCAUGGAGCAGAUGCGAUGGAAGACGGUCGCUUUCAGGGCGGAGAGAGUCUGUCCUGUUCCCAUCUCAGUCCACCAGUUCCAUUAGGAACCUGGUUAGUAACUGGCUAGCAAACCCUCCCCCUGCCCUGGGCAGGAGGCCACACUUCUGCAUGGCAAUACAGUCCUACUGAUGCUGCAUGUCCCAAAGCCGUCGUGCAUUUGAACCCUCAAGUAUCUGAGGGCUCUGUCCUUGCAGCCAAAGGGUGAGGGGUCAAGUCCCUGCAAUGACUAUCGCUUAGAGUCUCACGGUGGCAUUCAGGGUUGAUGUUUAAUACCUUGGUCCUCUGCAGAAACAGAGAGCAGAAUGGAAGUUCGUACCUGGA